AUGUGGGAGUUCCGGUCCAUGACGUUUUGGCGGGCAGUCUUCGCAGAGUUCUUCGGGACCAUGUUCUUUGUGUUUUUCGGCAUGGGUGCAGCGCUGCGCUGGACAACCGGGCCCAACCACAUUCUGCAUGUGGCGCUGUGCUUUGGCUUGGCGGCUGCCACCAUGAUCCAGUCCAUUGGUCACAUUAGUGGCGGCCACAUUAACCCGGCCGUCACCUUUGCCUACCUGGUGGGUUCCCAGAUGUCCCUGUUCCGCGCUUUUUUCUACUGGGCUGCCCAGAUCCUGGGGGCCGUGGCCGGGGCCGCUGUGCUCUAUGGGGUCACCCCCAACAACAUGAGGGGCAACAUGGCUCUCAACACGCUGCAGCCUGGUAUCAGCCUGGGCAUGGGUACCACAGUGGAGGUGUUCCUGACCAUGCAGCUAGUGAUAUGUAUCUUUGCCGUGACAGAUGAGAGGAGGAACGGACGCAUGGGCUCUGCUGCCCUGUCCAUCGGCUUCGCUGUCACCAUCGGACACCUCAUGGGGAUGUACUACACCGGUGCUGGAAUGAACCCUGCAAGGUCUUUCGCCCCCGCUGUGCUCUUCAGGAACUUUGUAAACCACUGGGUGUACUGGGUGGGUCCCAUGAUAGGAGGUGCUAUGGGAGCUCUUCUGUACGAUUUCAUGCUGUUCCCCCGUAUGCGUGGUCUGUCUGAGCGCCUGGCCACACUGAAGGGCAGCCGACCCCCCGAGACGGAGACCCAGCAGGACAACCGCGGGGAGCCCAUCGAGCUCAAGACACAAGCCCUAUAA